AUGUUUGUACAUGCGAACAUCUCCUCUCCAAUCAGAAAAUCUUUCAUCUUAGCAGCUUUUAUAUUGAUAGUUCUAUAUAUAUUUCAUGCAAUAUGCGCAACACAAAUCUCAGAAUACAUUCCACAAAUACAAUCUCAACCAUACAUACAAAAUUCUGACAAAUGCAAAUUAUACAUGUUCUUAUUAAACGGUAACCCACAAAAUAUGAUACGUGUUAAAGUAGGAUAUGAAUAUUGGGCUCGAGAUUUUGCAAAAAUGUUUAAGAAUUCUAUGCUAAGAGUAGGAUCUGCUCUUGACUUGGAUGUAGAACUCGAUUAUCAGUAUAAUAUACCAUGGAAUGGUUCGAUUAUUCAUUUUCAAAAUUUUCUUCACAUGUUUAUUCAAAGUCUCUAUGAUUUUUAUUACUCUACAGACUUGGAUUGGUAUGCGAGAACUACUGAUGAUUGUUUAGUUGACAUUCGCAAGCUUCCUCAGAUGAUGAGCGAAUUAGAAAGUGAAUACGAUCCUCGAAAAGACAUUGUAGUUAAAGGACAUCUUAUACAAUCUCCUGUUAUUGUUAAAGGAAGGAACUUUGCAUACCUUCAUGGUGGAUCUGGUUGGAUCAUGUCUCGUGCUGCAGUUCAUGAAUUUCUCCUUCACGAAAAAGAAUACGUAGAUGAAUACUACUCCGAAUAUGCAAAAGGAGACGACGUUAUUACUUUCCAAAUGAUGAAUAAAAUGCACCUGAAACCAAAUCAAAUAAAUUCAUACAGAUUCCUUGGUCCUCCACUUCUUGAUGAAUCUGUCGAUAAUCUUGAGUAUAAAUGGUAUGAAAAUAUCAAAGUUUGCUCAGAUCAUAGUUUAUCCUACUUAAAUCCUAAUACGUAUCUCAAGGAUGUAGUCUUCUGGCACGCAGGAAGAAACGAUAUGGUCACAACUCGAAAAGGUUUCAGAUAUUUAUCUGAAAUUCCAAGUGAACUCAAAGUUCAGUUUGCCAAAGAGAAAGGAACUAUUUGUUUUCUACAACAAAAUCCAUUUAUCAACAAAACUUCAAAUUAA